GGAUUAGUAUUGUCACCAGACCAGACCUGGUAAAAAGGUCUUGUAGGAUUCUCUGCCCCGUCGCUCCGUGGCUCGUCUUCCUCCUCCCGCCAGCGCCGCCACCCCUCCCUCCCCAUCCCGUUGCCGAGCACCCCAGCCCCUAGCUCGUCUUCCUCCUCGCGCGAGCUCCUCCACCGCAGUUUGAUCUCCCCUUCGAUUCUCUCGUUCCCGACCGUUUCUCCUCGCAUCACCCCACGAACGGAUUUCCCAAUUUGUAACUGAGGCAAAAAUCAAGGUAGGGCGGCCGCCUUGCCCUACUGGGCCGCCGCCGCCGAUGAAGGCUGUUCCGCCGACUCGCCCGAGAACUUCUCCUCCAAUACCGCGCGUGUGGGUACUAGCUGUUGCAGGUUUCAUCUUCAUCGCACUGGGCUAUGCUUAUCUCCACCCGCCGCAGCAUUACACAUCUCCGAUGAGAGUUUGGCUGCCUGCGGAACCUGACAGGGAACUGACCGACGAGGAGAGGGCCUCGCGUGUUGUGUUCAGGCAGAUCCUGACGGCACCUCCUCUCAUGUCCAGGAGGUCCAAGCCGAAAAUCGCUUUCAUGUUCUUGACUCCCGGCACAUUGCCGUUUGAAAAACUAUGGGAGAAAUUCUUCGAGGGUCAUGAGGGGAAAUACACCAUAUAUGUUCAUGCCUCGAGGGAGAAGCCAGAACAUGUCAGUCCUUUAUUUAUUGGUCGAGAUGUACACAGUGAAAAGGUAGUAUGGGGUACCAUUUCUAUGGUCGACGCUGAGAGGCGAUUGUUGGCAAAUGCACUAGGAGACAUUGACAACCAGCAUUUUGUGUUGCUUUCUGACAGUUGUGUGCCUUUGCACAAUUUUGAUUACAUUUAUAACUACCUGAUGGGAUCAAAUCUCAGUUUUAUUGACUCCUUCUAUGAUCCUGGGCCUCAUGGAAAUUUUAGAUAUUCAAAAAAUAUGUUACCUGAGGUUACAGAGGCUGACUUCAGGAAGGGUUCACAGUGGUUCUCUGUCAAGCGGCAACAUGCAUUGCUGACAAUUGCGGACAGUCUUUACUAUACCAAGUUCAAGCUUUACUGUAAGCCAGGGAUGGAAGAUGGUCGCAACUGUUAUGCUGAUGAACACUAUAUACCAACCCUAUUCCAUAUGAUGGAUCCAAAUGGAAUUGCCAAUUGGUCUGUGACUCAUGUUGACUGGUCUGAAGGGAAGUGGCAUCCAAAAGCUUAUCGGGCAAAGGAUGUCAGUUAUGAGCUCCUGAAGAAUAUAACAUCCGUUGACAUGAGCUACCAUGUCACCAGUGAUAGCAAGAAAGUGGUUACGGAAAACCCUUGCUUAUGGAAUGGAAUGAAGAGACCAUGCUACCUGUUUGCGAGGAAGUUCUAUCCUGAAUCAAUAAACAACCUCAUGAACUUAUUCUCGAAUCACACACGUUAUAGGAAUAGAUAGGAAAUAUUCUGCUAUAGAAACCCCUCUGUACAUUGGCGAAGAACAUCAGAUUUAUUGACAACUUCAGGGUAUAGAAAUAGGGAGAUGGUUACAUCAUAGGGUGGUUCUGGUCUCGUCACUCCUGAACAUAACAUUUUAUAGGUCCACCUGAUACUUUUUUUUCCUAGUUUCUCAGAUUUUUUAGCCGCAGAUUCUGCGAUGUAUACCAACCUUAUUGUAACUAGGAAAAGCCAUUACAUGAGGUCCAUUGCGGGAAAAGCUCUGUUUCAUGUUUUACC